CAGACUACGGUUUGGGUUUCUACAGUCCAUGUAGAGUUCGGUGUUGUUUUGUACCGAAUGGGUCUUCGAGAUUAUGUUUUUUUUUUAUUUUUAAUUUAAUUAAAACAGAUUUUACCUUAAAUUCCAAAACCAAAAGCGGAAUUUAACAGAAACUUAACGCUCAGGAAAACCCAGUCGAGACCGAGGAGUCUCGUCGUUGCGUUUCUUUGUGAAGUGUUUCUCUUCAAGGGGAGUCGUGGCUACCUUACCGGGGAACCGCGAUCAGACUGUCUUUCAUCGUCAAUAUAGUAUUAUUACAAUAGCAUAGGGGCAUUCUCGUAGUCCUGCCGGGAAACAGACCGGUCCAUUUUUAUUUUGUUUGCGUCGAUAGGAAGCUAGCUCGACCGUGCUUGUUCUGUUUUCGUGUCCCGGUUCAGAGAAAGGGGGGCACACACAGACACGGCGGUACUGUGUGGCAGGGGGAUCGAGUGGCUUUUGACCGUUUUCUUUGCAGUUCUUCGGAUACAUUUAGCUACUGCAAUACAUCAACAUGUCUCUCCACGGCAAGCGAAAGGAGAUCUAUAAAUACGAGGCUCCAUGGACGGUGUACGCAAUGAACUGGAGCGUACGGCCGGAUAAACGUUUUCGACUAGCCCUGGGAAGCUUCGUGGAGGAAUAUAACAACAAGGUGCAGCUGGUCGGCCUGGAGGAGGAGAGCUCUGAGUUUAUCUGCAAGAACACCUUUGACCACCCCUACCCCACCACCAAACUCAUGUGGAUUCCUGACACCAAGGGGGUCUACCCAGACCUGCUGGCCACCAGUGGAGACUACCUCCGCAUCUGGAGGGUGAGUGACACAGAGACCCGCCUCGAGUGCCUGUUAAACAACAACAAGAACUCUGAUUUCUGUGCCCCACUCACCUCCUUUGACUGGAAUGAGGUGGACCCCAACCUACUGGGCACUUCCAGCAUAGAUACAACCUGCACUAUCUGGGGCCUGGAGACUGGGCAGGUGCUGGGGAGAGUCAAUCUGGUAUCGGGGCACGUCAAGACACAGCUGAUCGCUCAUGACAAGGAGGUGUAUGAUAUUGCGUUCAGCCGGGCAGGUGGCGGCCGGGACAUGUUUGCCUCAGUGGGGGCUGAUGGCUCAGUGAGGAUGUUUGACCUGCGGCACCUGGAGCACAGUACCAUUAUCUACGAGGACCCCCAGCACCACCCCUUGCUACGGCUCUGCUGGAACAAGCAGGACCCCAACUAUCUGGCCACAAUGGCCAUGGAUGGCAUGGAGGUGGUGAUACUGGACGUGCGGGUCCCCUGCACACCUGUCGCCAGGUUAAACAAUCACCGAGCAUGUGUCAAUGGCAUCGCCUGGGCUCCUCACUCCUCCUGUCACAUCUGUACUGCAGCGGAUGACCACCAAGCCCUGAUCUGGGAUAUCCAGCAGAUGCCCCGUGCCAUCGAGGAUCCAAUCCUGGCAUACACAGCAGAGGGAGAGAUCAACAACGUGCAGUGGGCCUCCACACAGCCAGACUGGAUAUCAAUCUGCUACAACAGCUGCUUGGAGAUCCUCCGCGUCUGAUGCUAGUGACUGGCACCAGGGAGGAGGGAGAGGGGGUUGAGGGAGAGGGAGGUUGAGGAAGGUGGGAGAGGGUUUGAGGGAGAGGGGAGCAAGGUGAGAGAAGAGGGGUUGGAGAGGGGGUGUUCAAAUGUCACAAUCCACAUCGCUGCUUCUCACGGGUUCUUGCACUAUACUCUUCUCUUUCACAAUUGGUAAAUAAAAAGAAAUAUUAAAGCCCUCUGUGUCGGUAGAAUAAAGAACCGUAUAUCUUUUUUUUUUUUGGGGGGGGGGGGUCAAAUAAGCAAAAAGGAGGGUUAAGUCCAGACAUACUAGAGAAUGAGUGAAGGGGUGUGGUUAUGAAGAUCAAGGAGACACAGUAGAUUUAAAUAAGUACCUUCAGCUAGGAAUAUGACUCCUUUUAAGUAGUGCUGAAGCAGUGUAUAUGUAUUUUAAAUAAUGUUUAUCUGCAUAUAUUAAAGGCAAAACUUUAGGUUUUCUAUAAAUUCCAUGGUAAGAGUGGAGGGGAUCCGUUCUUUUGAAGAUCCCUGCGUAGCCUUACUGCUGAUAUUGGAGCAAUGCAGCUGUUGUGUUGUGUAACGCUGCCUUUGACUGCUUUAACUGACAUUGGCUGACUAGUUAUUGGCUGUAUGUAUGUUAGUGGAGAACCUGUGGGACAGACGUUUUGGAUCUAAGGCAAAUCCAGAGGCUUGCUUUGCAGUGGGUCCUGUUAUUAAGUUCUGUCCAUUUAAUCCCAGGGACUUUGAUUAUGACGUUAGAGGAUUUCGGUAAAAGCAGCUAACAUGCUGAUUGCCUGUGAAGUAUCACAAAUGGAAACAAACACUUUUAAACAGCGUUUUACUUAAACAAAAUCUCUGUUUAAACUUAAAUUAUCAGAACAAAGGUUGUUAAAGGUUAUAAUAUAAGGCGAUGUAACUUUUAAAGUUGACGAUCAUUUUAUCUGUGAUGUAUGAAGUUGUUGUGGGACUCCAUGUAAAGAUCCUUGUUCUGUAUGGAGAUGUUGUCUAAGACGGCCGUGGCUGCAAUCUGAGCUGUCCCUGCACUGUACCAGGUUCGGCUCAGUCAAACAAGCCUUCUCUAGUGUUCAUCACUCUUUUUGCCGUUUUAUGAUUGACCUGAUAACUCAAGCAUUUGAAGGGCUAUAGUUUUUGAGUUUAACACAUUUAUUCAGUAAUACCUUUUUUUUUCAUUGUUGCUGAGAGAAUUGUUAACAAAAAAACAGAUUCUUUAAAGUUUAUAUUUAUUGGCUGGGCAGAUAACACUUUUUUUUUUUUUUUAUCAAGCCACUUCCCUUUACUUAUUUUUUGAGUGUGCUAGCAUGCAGGUUUGCACCAGGACUGAAGGUUCGUCGACCCUUUCCGCUGCAGUCACACAAACUGGCCCAGUCAUCUGAUUGGAAUGCAGGAGUUGUCAAGGUCACUUGCCCUGGUUUUGGGUUGACCUUAUUCAGGGGGAGGUUGAACUGAUCCAAGUGCACUCUGGAUGAGUAGCAAGCACCAAUGAGCAACAGCUAUUGACUUAAUGUAGUCCCAAAAGAGUGAUGACAAUUAAAUGAAAGCUAGACUGCAGAACAUGAUACAUUCUAUACUGGGUGAGACUGGGGGCAGACCCCAAUUGAUUCCAUCUUGGUGCUCAAGUCGAGGAAUUCCUUUUUGAGCCACACCUGUGUUUAUAACUGGGACUCAUUGUAUGUGUUCCUGCUUCUGUUUCUCCUUUCCUUGUGCUGCAUAUGAAAUGUUGCUUUUUUUUAGCAUGUUUGUAGUAGAAACUUAUUAUGCAUCUUUCUAUAUUUUGAUGAUAUCUUGAUAGCAAUAUUAAUAGUCAUUUUACUUUGUUUUUGUUUUCAUAUUUAACCUCUCACAUCUACCUUUUUAUCUAGACUACAUUAUAGUAGAUAGAGUAGAGUUGUGCAUAUUACUGAAUCCUUUUAUUAAAGCACUAGUAAGCCGUCUCUAUUUUAGGGGGUUCGUUGUUAGUGUAUGUGUGUGUGUUGCCAGGCGGUCAAGGACAGUACCAGGUACUGAACAGAAGAAGGGUUUGAAUUGAUUUAUUCAUUAUUAUUUGUUUUAUUCAUGAGCAUUCUAAAUCUUAUACAGCAUGUAUUUAGAAUUAGACAAAAACAAAACAGAAAAUACCCCCCCAAAAUUGUAAAUUAAAAAGGUCAUGUUUUACAUCUGCUCAGAAAACCGUGGCCUACAGACAGUUUUUACAAGGAGCAUCUCGUUAUCUUGUGAGGAGACGUAGUGUUAAAGAUCAUAAGAAAUAGCUUUUUUUGUCCUCCUUCAAUGAAAUGCAAGUUCAAGCUUCCCUGUAGUGACAUCUGAUUGUCCAAGAAAAAUGUGUAUUCCUUUAUUAGGAAUUCUUCACAGCUGUAACCAUAGCCAGACACCAUAGCAAUUUGUGGUGUCACAAUGGAGAAACUGCCUUCAACAGUUUUGAGUUCCACUGUGGAUCUAUUGUCUGGAUACAUUGCUGUUCCACUGUGGACCUGCUCUGUGGAUACAUUGCUGUUCCACUGUGGACGUGCUCUCUGGUACAUUGUUGUUCCACUGUAGACCUGCUAUGUGGGUAUACUGCUGUUCCACUGUGGACCUGCUCUCUGGGUACAUUGCUGUUCCAUUGUGGACCUGCUCUCUGGGUACAUUGCUGUUCCACUAUGGACCUGCUCUCUGGGUACAUUGCUGUUCCUCUGUGGACCUUUAUGUGGGUACAUUGUUCCAAAUUCUGGUUUCUCACCUGCUUCUGCACUACUGACUCUCCUUUAUUUCUAUUGUCUAUUGUGUUUUUUUCUGAAGCAGUGUGUUUCAAACAUUGUAAUACAGUAGCUGUCUAUUUACAACAACCAAUAAACUUUUUCUUACAACUA